AUGGAGAAGAAAUACCAGCUCUGGGGCCUCCUUCCCCUAGAGAGAUUCAGGCGAUCUAGCAACCCUAACAGAGGAGAUCCUGCAUGGGCUACGCUUUGUUCAGAAACUCUUAUUCCUGGCCAAGACCCUGAAGAAUCUGAAUAUGUGGUGGAAGAGAUGCUAGAUUCCUACUGGUGGCUAGCCAGGUCCAGCAACCAGUUUCCCCAGGAAUCAAACGGACCAGAACCAGAGCUCUGGAAGUCUUCCUUGCACACCCAUAACAUGCCAGAGUGCACUAGAGAUUUUCAUGGAGCAAAUCCGAAAAAACUGAAUUCUGCUGUAUCCAGGGGAACUGCCACUAAUGGCUUGAUGUUGAGCGUCCUCUCAGCCCCUUGCCCACUGUCUGGCCAAGGUGCUAAAGGACAGAGAAAUCCCCCGCAGCAGGCUGCAGGCAGAAGCAGCUGCUGCGUCGAGGAGGGUCCCAUUGGUUCAGGCAGGGCACAGGGUCCAGUCAUUAAAGGGGCCAAAUAUGCAAAAGAGAAAGCCCCUCAGGGCCUCUGCAUACACUUACAGCCUGGUCCUCCAGGUGGCCUCACAGACCGUCCUGUGCAGGAAAAGCUGAUUUAUUACUCAAAGAUAGGCAUCAAGGAUAAACAGAAGCUUAAGAUCCAUGGUAAGCUACUCCCUCAAGGCCUAGGAAAGUGCCCAAGGCUCACUUUUCCCCUCCCGGCUUCUGCUCCACCUGACGCCUGCGCAAUCCGCCUAACCAAUGUGGCCGUGGUACGGAUGAAGCGCGCCGGGAAGCGCUUCGAAAUCGCCUGCUACAAAAACAAGGUCGUCGGCUGGCGGAGCGGCGUGGAAAAAGACCUUGAUGAAGUUCUGCAGACCCACUCAGUGUUUGUAAAUGUUUCCUAAGGUCAGGUUGCCAAGAAGGAAGAUCUCAUCAGUGCGUUUGGAACAGAUGACCAAACUGAAAUUAUUUUGACUAAAGGAGAAGUUCAAGUAUCAGAAAGACACACACAACUGGAGCAGAUGUUUAGGGACAUUGCAACUAUUGUGGCAGACAAAUGUGUGACUCCUGAAACAAAGAGACCAUACACCGUGAUCCUUAUUGAGAGAGCCAUGAAGGACAUCCACUAUUCGGUGAAAACCAACAGGAGUACAAAACAGCAGGCUUUGGAAGUGAUAAAGCAGUUAAAAGAGAAAAUGAAGAUAGAACGUGCUCACAUGAGGCUUCGGUUCAUCCUUCCAGUGAAUGAAGGCAAGAAGCUGAAAGAAAAGCUCAAGCCACUGAUCAAGGUCAUAGAAAGUAAAGAUUAUGGCCAACAGUUAGAAAUCGUAUGUCUGAUUGACCUGGGCUGCUUCCGAGAAAUUGAUGAGCUAAUAAAAAAGGAAACCAAAGGCAAAGGUUCUUUGGAAGUACUCAAUCUGAAAGAUUUGGAAGAAGGAGAUGAGAAAUUUGAAUGACACCCAUCAGUCUCUUCACCUCUAAAACACUAAAGUGUUUCCGUUUCCGACGGCACUGUUUCAUGUCUGUGGUCUGCCAAAUACUUGCUCAAACUAUUUGACAUUUUCUAUCUUUGUGUUAACAGUGGACACAGCAAGGCUUUCCUACAUAAGUAUAAUAAUGUGGGAAUGAUUUGGUUUUAAUUAUAAACUGGGGUCUAAAUCCUAAAGCAAAAUUGAAACUCCAGGAUGCAAAGUCCAGAGUGGCAUUUUGCUACUCUGUCUCAUGCUUUGAUAGCUUUCCAAAAUGAAAGUUACUUGAGGCAGCUCUUGUGGGUGAAAAGUUAUUUGUACAGUAGAGUAAGAUUAUUAGGGGUAUGUCUAUAUGACAAAAGGGGGGUCUUUCCUAAAAAAGAAAACAUGAUGCUUCAUUUCUACUUAAUGGAACUUGUGUUCUGAGGGUCAUUAUGGUAUUGUAAUAUAAAGCUUGGAUGAUGUUCCUGAUUAUCUGAGAAACAGAUAUAGAAAAAUUGUGCAGGACUUAAAUAAUUUUCGUUGAACAUGCUGCCAUAACUUAGAUUAUU